AUGAACACCUUCAUGCGUCCAAUGCGCGAUGCUACACUGGAGAUCGUGGCCAGCAAUGAGAUUGUGCUCAUCUGGGCGAUAGUGGUUGGACUACACCGCCAGGAGACUUCUGACCGGCAUGCAUUGCUUCUUGAACGACGAAUCCUCACAUACCGUGUGAUGGCCCGCCGACUGAAGGAUGUCACACCGUCGAUGAUUUCCAGCGAUAUUUUGUAUGGAUUAGCCUACGCUGCUUUGGUGGAAUAUCGCAUCGGCGAGCGAGCUGCAGCGCAGAAGCAUUUGCAAGCUUGUCUGAGCUUUCGACGUCUUCGCAAGGACCAGUCGUGGCCACACCCACAAGAGCCGUUCUGUCUACUUGCCGACCGCUACCCUUGCAUUCGUCGAGCAUUGACCCGCGAUCCCCGAUCCAACCCAACCGCGAGACAGGACGAGUUUGAUCGGAUAUGGCUGGCUACCGUCCUUCUCAUCAACGUGGCAUCAAACACGCUUUUCGAGCGCUAUGGCUUGUCUGCUGUCAACGAUUUUAUACACCUCAUCGAGCAAGCAUCAGGAGGCGCGCCCUCCGCUCUCGAUACCGUUACCGAUAUUCCGCCUACACAUAUACUGACCAAAUUUCCAGCAAUGGAGCAUUGGACAACAACGGGCCUCUUGCACUACACUUUCUAUGGUGUUCAUCUGAUGGCCACCAUCGCUCCUAAGCGGCCAUGUCAUCAGGAUCUAUGGCGAACCGUUGAAGUGUUAGAAGCCCUCGCGUAUGCACCGCCCAGCAUGCUUGCGGCGGUGAAGAGUCGGCUGUUGUAUUUGCUACCUCUGAACGACUAUGCCGACCAGGCGGACCAUCAGCGCGAUGGAGAUGCAGUUGGAAAUAAGGUUCUGAAAAAUGAUUAUACACCUCGCAAUAGUCAAAACGGCAAUCACAAACAAGACGACGCCUACUAUAGAAGUGGGAAUGCAGCAGGCAUGAACAGUGGUCUGUUCGCCCGGGAGCAGGCUACAACCACGUAUGAUUGGAAGCAUGCUGAGGCGGGCACUAUGAAGACGAACACUAGCAACAAACCAGCGUGCCACCCAGUACUGGCAGCGUUUGACGAGAACGUCUUUUACACCAGCUUAGCUGCACGGAUAGUAGUCAACUGGAAGACUGGCGAACGUGCUAGGAGCGGCAGUACCUCUGGCCGUUCGCCAGAAAUUCCAUCUCAUUGA